GUAGAGCUGCAGAUGGGUCUUCCCGAAACGAUCUUGGACGGAUCCCUACACGACAGACACAAGCUUGUAUUGAAGCUCUCGUGUCCCGCGCGCUCUCGACGACAACGAAUCCUUCGCUGCAUUCACCACGAAUUGCCCAAGGCAGUUUGCUUGCGCACAGUGGGUGGAACAUACAAUAUUUCUUUUACAGCAUUCGAGCAUCCGAGGUUUCAGCAGUGGUGGGAAGUGGAAAAAUAAAGGACACGAUGUCGGGCUCUGGCUAUGACGCUGUCGUGGACGUAGACGACGAGGGCGACCUCGGCCAUACCGACCUGCAAGAGGACCUCGAGUUCCACAACUCAAACUUCUCCGAGACGACACCAGCGCUGCGCAAGGGCGGGCCCGGCGGUGCUUCCUCCUCGGCGGGCGGGCUGCCGCUGCCCGUCACGGCGUCGUCGGGGGCCGGCCCCGGCGCGGCCAGCGUCGGCGGCAAGCGCUUCCUCUGGUCCAUCUCAUACUACGCCCAGUUCUUCGACGUCGACACGUCGUCGGUGCUCACCCGCUGCUGGGCCGCGCUCUACCCGCGCGCGAACUUCCUCGACGUCCUCGAGGGCAACCCCGACCUGUACGGGCCAUUCUGGAUCGCCACCACCGUCGUCCUGUUCCUCUUCCUCGGCGGCACCAUCAGCGGCUACCUGGCGUCGAUCGGCGGGCCGCCGUUUGCGUACGAUUUCAAGCUGCUCAGCGGCGCUGCCGGCCUCAUCUACGGCUACACGUUUGUCAUCCCCGUGGUACUGUACCUGGCGCUGCGGUACUUGGGGUCCGAAAGCGCCAACCUCCUCGAGUGCUGGGCCCUCUACGGCUACGCGAACCUCAUCUGGAUCCCCGUCGCCCUCAUCAGCUGGUCGCCGCUCACCAUCCUCAACUGGCUGUUCGUCGGCAUCGGCUUCGGCGUUUCGGUCGCCUUCCUGCUGCGCAACCUGUACCCCGUCCUCAACGCCACCGACCGCCAGACCAGCAAGGUGCUGCUGGUCCUGGUGCUGGCGCUGCACUUUGGCCUCGCCAUUGCCAUCAAGGUCCUCUUCUUUGCGCACGGUAGCCCCGCGCGCCCCGACGACGGCGGGGACUCUGGGGCUGGCGAUGGGAGUGGAUAGGAUGUCGGGUCGAGCUAGAUGGGAGCCGUUGUGUAACAUUCCAUGGGCGCCCUGAUUGUCGAUUAUCAUGUUGUAGCGCUUGUCAUUCAGCAGGGAUGCGCAGUCAGGGCGUCCUCGGCGUUCUGGGAAGGUCGGGGCUGUAAUUUGAUGUGUUAUUUUUUAUGGAGACUGCCCUUUCCGUCUCUCUUGUUGUAAUAACACCAGUGCUCUGGCUGUAUUAUGAAU